UUACAGUCAUCGGCUUGUCUCGCUAUGCAAGAGCAUCACAACAGCAAGAGAGACGAGGCAGCUCACAGGAGAGAGGUCAAGAUGUUGAAGGGCAGUCCUCUGAAAGUCGUACUCAUCUUGGGCUUGUGCUUGACGCAAGUGACCGCCCAGCUUCCAACUGGUUCCCAUGCAGAUGAUUACUGUGAACCCAAUAAGAAGUUCUAUGAUUGCAUGCCAUGUAUUAAAGUUUGCGGCAACGUGGAGCCGGCGUGUGAAAAGAGCUGCAGACCAUCGUGCCAUUGCAAACCAGGCUAUGUCUUGUCAUCACUCUCCUCCGAUACCUGUAUACUAGAGAGCCAGUGCGGUUCUUGUGGACCCAACGGAAGGUUUGAUAACUGCAGUCCCCCCUGUCAGGUCACGUGUGCAAAUUAUCUCCAGCGCAACCAGGCGUGUGCAAUGAUGUGCAAUCCCGGCUGUAUCUGCAACAAUGGUUUUGUCUUGCACCAGGGCACAUGCAUCCUGCCCACACAGUGCCCAAAAAGCACCCGCUCCAGCCCAAUCCUUAUUGCUCUUCUAAGCAGGAAUUGACGAUAAAUAUAGUGCGUUGUUACCCCAACAUAUAUCCUGAUACUGUGUUACCUAAAUGUUCAUUCUGUCUCUGUGUGCUGCCAAUAAAUUCACUUUAUUUAAAUAUC